AUGCGUAUUGCUUCCACCACAACGGAAAAUCCUCUGCAAAAACGGUGUGCUGCAAUGACAUUCCAUAGCAGGUCCAAACAAUGGAAACCCAUGGAUGCACAGAAUCUAUUGCUUGAUUUUCCGGUUCUUACCCUAAAAGAUCUCAGACAAAUUACGUUUGGUGUAUAUCAAAUUAAACAAGCAUCGAGAUACUCUGAUGAACAACUGGCUGAUGUCAUUUAUAAGAUUCAUCUUUCAAAUACAGAUAAAGACCUACUACACGCCCGCAUUCAGUCCCGGCAUUCGACUAGUAAGCAAUACAACUUGUGUAUACAGCACAGGGAUGGUACUGUCAGUGUAAAGCGGGAGCCAAGACAGUGGGAUGCUGGAGCACAUGACGGGUUUGUUCGGUCAGCAGGGAAUGCUCAUUCCUCGUCGGUGUCUGAUCCUGUCUCUGAUGUAUUCUCGGAAGACUAUUUCAACAAAUUGCAGGAGAAAAAUAUCGAACUACAAAAAAAACGGGCGGAGGAAGUUGAAGCAUUAGAUAGUUUGAAACGACAACUUGAUAAGUCUAAACAAGAAGCAAGCCGUCUUUGGGAUGAAAAAGAACAUUAUAAGCGUGUUUUACAGGCUACUGAUACUUCAGUUCUACAACAUCAGAUAGCAAAGGAACAUGCAAAGGUCAUAGAUCUUACCAAACAAAUCCAAAGUCUUUUAAAAGAAAAAGAAAACUUGCUUACAAGACUAAGUGAGGUAGCGGGAUCCAAGCUGACGAGUAAUAACCCUGCCAUUACAGACCUCAGUGACGAGAAUCGUCCACUUAAACUGGCUGAGAAAUUCAGUCAGUUGUACGACGAUGACUGGACGGACUCCUUAGAAGAAAUAACAAGUACAGGAGUAGACGAGAAGACUUCCAUUAGCCUCCUACAACGUGUAGUUAUGAUUGCUUUUCACUUGUGCUCAAGAUCACAAACAAUACUAGUUAACGCAAAGUGCUGUUGGACUGUUUGUUGGUGUGAUAUUGUCAAAUUGAAAGUUUUGCAUGAAAUACAGUUACCAGAUGCAACAAAGUUAGAAGUCGAUCGAGCCGUCAAAAGAUGUAGCCAUGAUGUACAAAAAGACCUCAUCUGCAGAACGCAGAAGAGAUUUCGCCACACUUUGGCUGAUAUGCUACGAGUCACCACAAAUGAAAAAGCUUACAGUCAAAUGGCACCAGUAAAUUAUCAAUCAGAACAGUUGGAAUCAAAUAAGAAGGAAAGUAAGGGUGAACAAAAGAAGCCUAAGGUCAAGAGAGAUUUUAACAUUCCGGUAGAACACAAUGUCUUGAAACCCAAAUUAAAGAGAUCUUUUUCCACUGCAUGUAUUGUGGUAGAUGGUAACAACACGGACAGUAAAGAUGUGAUACCAGGGAAAGAAAAGCAAACUGCACCCAGCCGUCACGGAAAAUACAGAAAUAGAUUAGCUGAUUCUGCACGAGGAGACUUUUUAAGACCCCGUUACGAAAAUUAUGUUCGAGAGGGUUUCUUGCUUGGCAAAGAUAGCAUUGAAAAAUUGUUCUUGGAGCCCAGAGACGUGAUAGAUCGAUUCCCCAAGACAGCUCAGUUUGCUGACCGCUGUAUAGAAUUAUGUUGGUUGAUGCAGUCCACACAGCCGCCUGUACAUCUUAGUGUCGAUAUUCCCGAGAGCAGAGAACUUAAACAUGAAACAUUCAAAGCAUAUACGAAAUCAGGACACUGUAUUGACUAUGUAGUGUGGCCUGCGAUGUACCUACACAAAGAGGGACCAUUGUUGUCCAAAGGCGUCGCUCAACCAUUGUGA